AUAAAGGACUAAAAGACAGCAGUGAGUGACACCUGGUACUGUGCUCCCCACAGUACCCAUCUGGCCCUACCCAGAGGGACAGAAAAGAAGGCCAAGAGAGGCUGUGUUGGAAGGCAGUCAUGUUGCGCAUGAAGACACUUCUGUUUCUUUGCUUACUCCACAUGCAGUCUGCCAAGGCCUCUCCCGUACCUUCUGAACACUCAGAAGAGAAAAAUACAAAAAUUGCUCAGAAAUACCUGGAACAGUUCUACCACUUGCAAAUAAAGGAUUUUCGGUCUUCAGCUUGGAAUAGCACCCACAGGUUUGUUGAAAAGCUGAAAGAAAUGCAGCAAUUUUUUGGAUUGAACGUGACGGGAAAGCCAGAUGCAGAAACUCUGGAGAUGAUGAAAAGACCUCGCUGUGGAGUGCCUGACACCGGUGACUACAUGCUGACGCCAGGAAGGCCCAGGUGGAAACACACCGACCUGACCUACAGGAUUAGAAAUUACACGCCACAGUUGCUUCGAGCUGAGGUGGAAUCAGCUAUUGAAGAAGCUUUUAAAGUGUGGAGCACUGCCUCACGCCUGACCUUCACCAGGACCACAGAGGAAGAGGCGGACAUCAACAUUGCUUUCGUCCAGAGAGAGCAUGGUGACAGUUCCCCAUUUGACGGGCCCAACGGGAUCCUUGCUCAUGCCUUUCAGCCGGGUCAGGGUAUUGGAGGAGAUGCUCAUUUUGAUGCAGAAGAGACAUGGACCUCCAUGAGCCCAGAAGGUUACAACCUGUUUCUCGUUGCUGCUCAUGAGUUCGGCCACUCUCUGGGGCUCUCCCACUCCAAAGACCCCGGCGCCUUGAUGUACCCCAACUAUGCCUUCAGGGAUCCUAGCACCUACUCGCUCCCUCAAGAUGACAUCAAUGGAAUUCAGGACAUCUACGGCCCUUCAGACAACCCCGUCCAGCCUACUGGACCAAGCACCCCCAGAGCCUGCGACCCCAGGCUGACAUUUGAUGCUGCUACGACGCUCCGUGGAGAAAUAUUUUUCUUUAAAGACAGGUACUUCUGGAGACGGCACCCUCAGCUGCAAGAGGUCGAGCUCAACUUCAUUUCUCUAUUCUGGCCGUCCUUGCCCAGUGAUAUACAGGCUGCUUACGAGGACCCAGAUAAAGACCUGGUCUUCAUAUUUAAAGGAAACCAGUACUGGGCGAUGAGCGGCUACGACGUUCAGCGCGGCUACCCCAGGCACAUAGCGGACUUCGGAUUUCCAAGCACCGUGCAAGCUCUUGAUGCCGCUGUUUCCUACAAAGGAAAGACUUACUUCUUUGCGAACAAUCUGUUCUGGAGGUAUGAUAAUCAGAGACGGUCCAUGGACCCGGGUUAUCCCAAAUGUACAUCAAUUGCCUUUCCAGGAAUACGAAGUAGAAUUGAUGCCAUUUUCCAGGAGAACAACUUCUUCCUUUUCUUCAGUGGACCAAAAUAUUAUGCAUUCGAUCUUACUGCUCAAAGAGUUACUAGAAGUGCAAGAAGCAAUCUAUGGCUUAAUUGCAGAUAAAAGUAAAGCAAAAGCAAAGUGAUUGCGCCGAAGUUCUGAAAAUGGAAGAAAUAUUCAAUUGCAAAUGCAUCACUUCAAGUCAUGAUUAUACUUCCCUCAAUUCUAAGUAAUGUUUGUUGCUUUUAUUUUUCCUCUCCCAACACUGUAUUCCCUGGGUCUAUCCUCCGUGAAAAUGUGCUUGGAAUAGUAAACCCUUGGCAGAGACUGAUUCAGUUCUACACAUCCUAUCUUAGAUUGACAAAUCUAUCAUAAGGAGAAGGAAAGGAAGCUCUCUUUGUGACCUCUGUAUUUUUUUUCUUUAUUUAUUUGACUUCUGAGAUUCAGUUUCAUUGCUGGCUUGUCUGAUUUCAAAUAUUCUGAAGUCCCUUUAAAUAGUCUUAUAUGCAUCUGCUGCAUGCAACAGCACUGGAUUUUGAUUAGAAGUAAGAAUUAUAAAAAAUAGACAAAUGUUCCUUGAUUUUAUAAAACUUGUGGUGCUAUUUUUCACUCUUGGAAAGAAAUAAACAUAA